AAAAAAAAAAGCAGAGCCGUGAACCUCUGAUUCAUUGCCCACGCUCGCUUCAUAACAACAAACUCUGCUUUCAUUUCGUUCUCAUUUCUUCUUUUCUCACCAUCACCACAACCUCUGAUUCCACCAUUCAGCCACUUCCGGAGAUACGGGGAGAUAUAUUGAAAUUCCCAAUGAUACAUUCAAUCUCUUAAAUACGAAUGAGCCCGAGCCCUGAGGUUUUUAAUGCGAAACCUUGCUCAGGAAAGAUGAGUUAGAGCAGCUGUCCAAAGCCAAAGCGCAAGACUGCAUUAAUGAGGCCUACAGAUAUAGAAAAUCACAAGAUGUCAAAUGAGGAUCAAUUGCUCUGGAUGGCUUUCGAAAGAGCCAAGCCACGCAUGUGCGGACCAGCUGCAAAACAGACGAUUGAGGCCAUGGAAAAACACCGCCGAUACCGAGGUUACGCGCACCCAAGCAUACAUCCCUUCUACGUCAAGAUCAAAGGAAGGGGCCAGAUAAAUGACCCGGAAUACUAUUACUAUCCUUACCUGCUGGUGCUCCAGGCCGUAUGGCCUGACAGUAAACACGUUCAAACCAUCGCAAAAGCGUUCUCGAAGUACUGGGGUGUCCCUGAUAUGUGGCGCGGCCCAGACCAUUAUCCCAUGCUCAACGACAGAGACCGCGAAAUGAAACUGUUCAUGGGCGAGAAACCGAGUGAGACCGAGGAACGAGACGAUGAAAGCUCAGCAGGAAAUGGUGAAGACAAUGAAGAGGAGGAAGAAUACGUUAAACAAGAGGACGAGGAACAGCAAGAGGAAGAGCAAGAGCAAGCGCAAGAGGAACAACAGCAUGACGAGCAAGAGGAAGAACAGGAGGAAGAUGAGGAAGACACAAUUCCCGAUAUUAGCAAAAUCGAUGCCAUUACCGACAUAGACACACUCGACGAACUGGAGGCUGCACUCGAAAACAGAGAGAAAGAGCUCAUGGAUCAGGUCCAGGAAACAAAGGAACUAAUUCGAAAAGUUCAAGAGCGUAAGCGAGAUCACUUUAAGGAGAAGUCCAGUGCCUCAAAGAAUGCCUCAGAGAAACUACAGAAAAGGCUUGACGCAGAGCGCAGAGUCUCUGAGCACUGGGCCACCAAAGAAAGAGAGUAUACGGAGAAACUUGAGCGGUCUUCAGCCACGCCUUCUGUCAUCUCUCCACCCCGAGAACAGGAGACUGAACGUGCUGCGAAACGGCGACGUGCUGCUGGACCGGAGAACUGAGUGACUGCCGCAGGAAACGACAGAGAGGGCACCUCACGGAUAAAGACCGUUCUUUGCCCAGCAGCAAAGUAAAACGACGCAAGGAUUGGAGAGACAACAAUUGUUGCUCUAGUUUUUGGUCAGGUUUGUCAGUGGGAUGGAAACCACUGCACAAGGCGUUUGGUGAUAACAAGUCAAACAUGGAAUUCGAUACGCAAUGGGCGUGAUGUCACCAAGCAUAAAUACUAAAAUUGAUUGCAAUUGUUC